UGACAUCGUCGUGUGUUGUAUCAGUGUUCUAUCGAUCAUCUUUACAAACUUCACAGAGAGAUCGAAUAGUCGAGGAUCGUCGAGAAAAGUGCUGCACGGACCUUAAAGUGGUAGCGCAUGAUCGAAAUGUAAACUACAUUCGUCUUCGAUACAAUUCAACAGAGACACUACACUGUAUCUCCCUCCCUCUCUCUCUCUCCCACACGUAAGAUCCCCUCCGUAAGAGUGCAAGUAAAAGACUGGUGGCCAAGCAGGCAGCAGGUGGCCAAUUGAUGUAUUCGCCUCACCGCCACGAGGAUGAUGAUGAUGGACAUGGGCAUGUACGGAACCUACGGCAAGCCUGACUCAUACCCCAACUACGUGUGCACGGGUCAAGGGAAUCAUCAUCAUCAUCAGCCAGUGUCCGUCGGGGGACACGUGCCAGUACCAGCCUCGCCUGAGCUCGCUCCAGCUCACUAUUUCCCUCAGACCGCUGUCUCCCCGUAUUCCUCCUCUUCCUCGGAGAGUUUCCUCGCUGCAGAGUCUGCGACAUCCUCGGGCACACCUCCGCAAGGUUUCUAUUCACCGACGGCCGGAGUGUUGCACGAGGAUGGCACAACAACGGCGAUCAUCUCCUCGGAGAACGGUCUGAGCUACACGAACCUCGACUACGCGUCUUCUUCGUCGUCCUCGUACUCUGGUCAACAGCAUCAACACUCGAACGGCUCCCAUGGAUCGGUAGAUCCUCACCAGAGCUAUCACGUUCAGCAAUCGGCCUACAGAGACGAGCAUCAUCAUCACCAUCAUCCUGCUGCUCCUCCCACGGGAAACGGUCUUCAUCAGGGCUCGAUGGUGGCCCAUUCGAGGACCGACCACGAGCAACAGUUGCACCAUCAGUCUUCUAGUCAUCACCAUCAUCAUCACCAUCAUCACCACGAGCCUGAUUACCAGCUACCAGUCGCUGGUACCACCAACUACCUUCAUCAACUACCCGCCGCCGAAGAUUCGCUGCACUAUCACGCUCAGAUCAGACAGAACGAUUAUUCGGGACAUUCCACAGGUCACUACAAGGAGGAAAACCCCGAUCCAACUGGUUAUCACGUUCUCCAACAGUCUGGACACCCUCAACAUCCUCACCAGCACGCGCACGGACAUCAUCAUCAGCAGCAUCCGCACGGACAUCAUUCUCAGCCGCAACAACAGCAACAACAGCCACAUGUACCCACGUACAAGUGGAUGCAGGUGAAGAGGAACGUGCCGAAGCCCGUCGUAGCAAAGACAAAUCCAAGCGUGGGCGAAUUUGGCGGCAGCACAAUCGGUGGAGCGAGCGCGCCAUACGUUACCACGGCGAAUGGUCCCAUGAACUGCCUUACCGGCGGUCCAUUGGCCGGUAUUGCAGGAAGCUUCAACAAUACCGGCCGAACCAACUUCACGAACAAGCAGCUCACGGAACUCGAGAAAGAGUUUCACUUCAACAAGUACCUGACCAGAGCGAGACGCAUCGAAAUCGCAACAGCGUUACAACUAAACGAGACCCAAGUGAAAAUUUGGUUCCAAAACAGAAGGAUGAAACAAAAGAAGAGAAUGAAGGAAGGCCUGAUACCAACUGAGAAUACAAGCGUGACGUCACUAAGUGGUGCGAGGAGUUCGAGCAAUUCACCGACUAGUUCUUCGAGUCACGAAACUAGUGGUCUCGGUUUAUCUAGUUUUACGAACGACAAUAGUCGGGAAUCCCCACCCUCCUCCUCGAAAGAUUGACGCGUUUCUUGCUGCAGCAACGAUCGAAUCUAUGGUAUACGAUUUAACGACGAUUGGUAAAAAAAUGAAGAAACCUAAUUUUCAA